GGCCCUGUGCAUCGCCCGGCUGCUCGGCCAAGAUGGCGGCGCCGCUCGCCCCGCUGGUGCUCUUGCUCGCCCUCGGCCGCCUGGCGCUCCCCGGCGCGCAGGCCACGGAGGGCGCGGCGGCUGCGCCGCAUCGGCGCUUCGAGUACAAGUAUAGCUUCAAGGGGCCGCACCUGGUCCAGGCGGACGGCACGGUGCCGUUUUGGGUGCACACGGGCAAUGCCAUCCCAAGUGCAGAUCAGAUCCGUAUAACCACCUCCUUGAAAAGCCAGAAAGGCUCAGUGUGGACAAAAAACAAAUCAAUAUUUGAAUAUUGGGAAGUGGAAGUGACCUUUCGAGUUACAGGAAGAGGCCGUAUCGGAGCUGAUGGAUUGGCAAUCUGGUUUACAGAAGAGCAAGGCUUGGAAGGUCCUGUUUUUGGCGCAGCUGAUAAAUGGAACGGUGUUGGAAUUUUCUUUGAUUCAUUUGACAAUGAUGGAAAGAAAAACAAUCCUGGCGUUGUUGUUGUAGGCAACAAUGGAAAGCUGCUGUAUGACCAUCAGAAUGAUGGAUCCACGCAAGCACUGGCAUCCUGUCAGAGGGACUUUCGGAACAAGCCCUAUCCUGUGCGAGUCAAGAUUGCAUACUACCAAAAAACACUGACUGUAUUAAUUAAUAAUGGCUUUACUCCGGAUAAAGAGGACUAUGAAUUUUGUGCCAAAGUGGAAGAUAUGGUGUUGCCAUCACAAGGAUACUUUGGAAUAUCUGCAGCCACAGGGGGACUUGCAGAUGACCAUGAUGUGCUGUCAUUUCUGACCUUCCAGCUGACUGAGCCUGGGAAGGAAGCACCAACGCCAGAUGCAGAAAUCCCUCAGAAAGAUAAAGAGAAGUAUCAAGAAGAAUUUGAACACUUUCAGCAAGAAUUAGAUAAGAAGAAGGAAGAAUUUCAAAGGGAGCAUCCUGAUGUACAAGGACAACCAGCAGCAGAUGAUGUUUUUGAAACUGUGAGUGAUCGUGAACUAAGGCAAAUCUUUGAGGGGCAGAAUCGAAUUCAUUUGGAAAUCAAACAGCUUAACAGGCAACUGGACAUGAUUCUGGAUGAGCAGAGGAAAUAUGUCUCUGCAGUCACCGAGGAGAUUGCCAAAAGAGGAGCUGGGUUUCCAGGUCAGCAAGGACAGGUUUCACAGCAAGAGAUAGAGACAGUUGUGAAAACCCAAGAAGAGGUCAUUAGACAAGUAAAGGAAAUAAGAAGUUCUGUGACUGAUGCUCUGAGAUCCAUCAGUGGGGCUCAACAACCUGGCACUGCAGGAGUCUAUGAAACAACUCAGCACUUCAAUGACAUCAAAGAACACCUUCAUGUAGUAAAGAGGGACAUAGAGCAUUUAGUACAACGCAACAUGCCGUCCAGUGAGAAACAAAAGUGUCCAGAGUUCCCACCGUUUCCAUCCUGCUUAUCUACAAUGCACUUCUUCAUAUUUGUGGCAGCGCAAACUGUGUUACUCAUUGGUUAUGUCAUGUAUAGGAGCCAACAAGAAGCAGCAGCCAAAAAGUUCUUUUGAUGACCUGUUCCUGAUUUGUGUGUACAUAACAGCAGUCUGUAUGCACAGAAAAUUCUACACUUCUGUAAAUGAGGGAAAUUUUAGUGUUGGAUACACUUCAAUAUUAUAAAUUAUUGAA